AACUGUGUGGGUUUUCCUGGACUGCACUGUUAUUACUAUUUUUAGCUGCUGUUGCCUCCGUUGCCUUGGCUCUUUGUGCCAUUUCGUGGACCUAGAAUUGAUGACUACAACCUCUGGACCCUGGACUGGAAUUCAACCCUGUUUCUGCCUUCGCUCUCUGAUUAGUCUACCCACGGCUCUUGACUUCUGGCUUGCCUCCUGACCCUGCUGCUGUCUCCUGUCCUGACCCUGGAUCAAUCUGAUGACGUCUCUUCGCCUUGUCCCUUGAGCUUCUGGCAUUACCUGCACUCCUGAAGCAGUUUGCUGCUGUUCCUGCUAUUUCGACUCCGGACCGGUUUGACGACAUCUUCUUGCACUGUCCCUUUAAAUCCCCAAAGCCUGUUGCUUGCAACAGUAAGGGUUUGGAACCAUUCUUUCCCUUUUGCACCGGCUCCAAGUUUGUUUGCAAGCUCUUUUGCCCGGUUUUUGUUUCUGUUUAGAGCUUUGUGUUAAAACUGCUAGCUUGUGACUCUUGGGAGUUUUUUGGGGAGUUUCCAAGUCUUUGUUUUGUUUUGGCUGCUUUUCCAAGCCAACUUAGUUUGUUUAGAGCUGAAUUGAAGCACCUUUUGUUUUAUCUGGAUUAUUUGCUUGGAUAAUCCGGUUUGGUUGCUAAAGCAUACUUUUUGAUAUAUUUUUGUUUGGACUGCUUUAAAACACUGAAAGUUAAGUGUUUAAAGCCAUCUUUUGUGUUUGUGUCUAUUUUUUGGGCUAUCUCUUGAAUAAACUCUGUUUUGCUCUCAAAUUGGUGUCUGACUCUUGACAGUCUCCAUGUGCUCCACAGCAACAUGAGCAAGCAUCCUUAAAUAUAGUUGUCUUUUCAAUUUCUUCCUCCUUACAUAUUUAAUAAUUGUGCAUACUACUUUCUGUGAAUGGCAUGCUCUGUAUCCUUUUAUACUAAGGGUUCCUCAAGGUCUUUAGCUUGAGUAUCUGGGUGAGUUUGCUCCACGGUGAGAUAACAGCGAAGGGGCAUUUCAAGGUGAGGUGUUUUUUUCCCUGGCUGUUUGUUUUCUUCUUUGCAGGCCUGUCACCUCCUGGUAUCCAACUACAAAAAGCACGUAAGAGGACCCAGCUCGGUGGCACUUGGAACCACCCCUCAUUCCUGGGGGAAAGUGGCAACUCUGGGAAUUUAUAAAAGGAGGAAAUCGAGGAAGGGUCACCUUUUACUCUGCUGUAUUGAGUAGCAUUUACAGCAACCUCAAAUACACAAGACCCAUUUGGGUCUCUCUUCUUGGCCUCAAAAAGGAUCAAGACCAAGAAAGCAAGAUGGGGAAGGCGGACAAGUAUGAGAUGUACUCGGUGGAAAUGGAGAAGCACUCCGGUGGGGAGAUGGAUGUGAAGAUCAAGAAGAAGACCAAAGGAGCAAAGAAGAAGGAGAAGCUGGAGAAUAUGAAGAAGGAGAUGGUGGUGGAUGAUCAUGAAUUGUCUGUGGAGGACUUGGAGCUGAAGUAUCGAACCAGUGUCACGAAGGGCUUGAGCAGCACAGUAGCAGGGGAGAUCUUUCUUCGCGAUGGUCCCAAUGAGCUGAAGCCCCCCAAGGGCACUCCCGAGUAUGUGAAGUUUGCCCGUCAGCUGGCCGGAGGGCUGCAAUGCCUCAUGUGGGUGGCAGCUGCCAUCUGCCUCAUUGCCUUUGGCAUUCAGUGUGGGCAAGGGGAUCUUACGAGUGCAGACAACCUCUACCUGGCUAUUGCCCUCAUUGCUGUGGUGGUUGUGACCGGCUGCUUUGGGUACUACCAAGAAUUCAAAAGCACCAACAUCAUUGCAAGCUUUAAGAAUCUAGUGCCACAGCAAGCCACGGUGAUUCGAGAUGGGGACAAGUUCCAGAUCAAUGCCAACCAGCUAGUCGUAGGUGACCUGGUGGAGAUCAAAGGGGGAGACCGGGUGCCAGCAGACAUCCGGAUCAUCACUGCCCAAGGGUGCAAGGUGGAUAAUUCCUCUUUGACGGGAGAAUCAGAACCCCAAACAAGAGCCCCAGAAUGCACCCACGAGAGUCCCUUGGAAACCAGGAACAUUGCCUUCUUCUCCACCAUGUGCUUAGAAGGCACAGCUACCGGCAUCAUCAUCAACACUGGUGACCGCACCAUCAUUGGACGUAUUGCUAGCUUGGCUUCGGGAGUGGAGAAUGAGAAAACGCCCAUUGCCAUCGAGAUAGAGCACUUUGUGGAUAUCAUCGCUGGAUUGGCCAUCUUUUUUGGUGCCACCUUCUUUGUUGUUGCUAUGGUGAUCGGCUACCCCUUCCUCAAAGCCAUGGUGUUCUUCAUGGCCAUUGUGGUGGCUUACGUCCCUGAGGGUCUUCUGGCAACGGUCACGGUAUGUCUUUCCCUCACAGCCAAGCGUCUGGCCAGAAAAAACUGUGUGGUAAAGAACCUGGAGGCUGUAGAGACACUGGGCUCAACUUCUGUCAUUUGCUCUGACAAAACUGGAACCCUUACACAGAACCGUAUGACAGUCUCCCAUCUUUGGUUCGACAACCAGAUCCAUACAGCAGACACAACAGAAGACCAGUCAGGACAGAGUUUUGACCAGUCGUCAGACACAUGGAGAGCUCUCUGCAAAGUGGUCAGCCUUUGUAAUCGGGCUUUUUUCAAAUCAGGCCAGGAUGAUGUACCCAUUCCAAAGCGGAUCGUGAUUGGAGAUGCCUCUGAGACCGCCCUCCUGAAAUUUUCCGAAAUCACCCUUGGCAAUGUGAUGGAGUACCGGGAGCGCUACAAAAAAGCCUGUGAGAUCCCCUUCAACUCUACCAACAAGUUCCAGCUCUCCAUCCAUGAGUUAGAGGACCCUCGAGACCAACGCUACUUGCUGGUGAUGAAAGGUGCUCCUGAGCGCAUUUUAGAACGCUGUUCCACCAUCAUGAUCAAGGGUCAAGAGUUGCCCCUCGAUGAGCAAUGGAAGGAAGCUUUCCAAACAGCUUACAUGGACCUUGGUGGACUGGGAGAACGUGUGCUUGGAUUCUGCCACAUUUACCUUCCCCAAAACGAGUUCCCUCGUGGCUACAACUUUGACUGCGAUGAAAUGAACUUCCCCACCAGUGGGUUGUGCUUUGCAGGCCUCAUCUCCAUGAUCGAUCCGCCUAGAGCCACGGUGCCAGAUGCCGUCAUGAAAUGCCGCACCGCAGGGAUCCGGGUCAUCAUGGUGACAGGAGACCAUCCCAUCACUGCCAAGGCCAUUGCUGCCAGUGUGGGCAUCAUCUCAGAGGGCAGUGAAACAGUUGAAGAUAUUGCUACUCGGCUACGUAUUCCUGUGGAACAGGUCAACAAGAGGGAUGCCCGGGCAUGUGUAGUCAAUGGGGGUCAGCUGAAAGACAUGGAGACCGAGGAACUGGUGGAGAUCCUGAAGAUGCAUCCGGAGAUGGUCUUUGCUCGUACCUCUCCUCAGCAGAAACUCAUCAUUGUCGAAAGCUGUCAGAAAUUGGGUGCAAUUGUGGCUGUAACAGGAGAUGGGGUCAAUGAUUCCCCAGCAUUGAAGAAAGCUGAUAUCGGUGUGGCCAUGGGCAUUGCUGGCUCUGACGCAGCCAAGAACGCAGCUGACAUGAUCUUGCUGGAUGACAAUUUUGCCUCUAUCGUCACUGGCGUUGAGCAGGGACGUCUCAUAUUUGACAAUCUCAAGAAAUCCAUUGCCUACACCUUGACCAAGAACAUCCCAGAACUGACACCAUACCUGAUCUACAUCACUGUCAGUGUCCCCCUUCCUCUUGGUUGCAUCACCAUCCUUUUUAUUGAACUCUGCACAGACAUUUUCCCCUCUGUGUCUUUGGCCUAUGAGAAAGCAGAGAGUGACAUAAUGCACCUGAAGCCACGCAACCCGCGACGGGACCGCCUUGUCAAUGAAGCCUUGGCUGUCUAUUCCUACUUCCAGAUUGGAGCCAUCCAGUCCUUUGCAGGGUUCACCGACUACUUUACAGCCAUGGCCCAAGAGGGAUGGUACCCACUGAAGUGUGUGGGCCUUCGCGCCGACUGGGAGAAUGACCAUCUCCAAGAUGUCGAAGAUAGCUAUGGGCAACAGUGGACAUUUGGGCAGCGCUUGUACCAGGAGUAUACGUGCUACACCGUCUUCUUCAUUAGUAUUGAGAUGUGCCAGAUUGCUGAUGUCCUCAUCCGUAAAACACGACGUCUUUCUGUCUUCCAGCAAGGAUUCUUCCGAAACAAAAUCCUGGUAAUUGCUAUUGUGUUCCAAAUUUGCCUGGGCUGCUUCCUCUGUUACUGUCCCGGUAUGCCCAAUAUCUUCAACUUUAUGCCCAUACGAUUCCAGUGGUGGCUAGUCCCAAUGCCCUUUGGCAUUCUCAUCUUUGUCUAUGAUGAAAUUAGAAAACUGGGAGUCCGAAGACAUCCUGGAAGUUGGUGGGACAAAGAACUCUACUACUAAAAUGUUAUGGACAAUGCAUUUCUUCCUGGUGUCAACAUUUCCCCAGGGCAAGAGGCAAGAAACAAGAAGGAAUCAAGGAUAUGGUUCUAUCAUUGACUUUCAACUGUGUCCAGCUUGCUUCAUCUCUCACCUUUUUCAGAUAGAUUUAUCACCAAAAAAACCCUGUUUUGAUAUUUUAGUGUGCAAAGGAGGAGGGAAAAUGAACAGGGUUCUGUGCCUGCUGAUAUGGCAGCCAAGUUGGUACUGAUCACAGAAUUCUGCAUUAUGAGAAUGUUUAUGUCUUAUAAAAAUAAAUAUUAAUUAUCAAGUUAGUUAACUCAAAACAUUUCAAAGAUUUAAAAAUUCAGCCAAAUGGAUGGGAGAGUGAACAAGAGCCUUAUGUAACUGCAUCCCUCCCUAGGAAGAGCUGAAUUAAAAAUAAAAAUUGAUGAAA